UUAUUUGACAGUCAUAGAUCAUCGAGAUUGUAUAAUGAUCUUUUAAAUGAUAUUGCAAAAUGGAAUAGGUUGAAAACUAAUGAGUUGACAUUGCAAGAUAAAGAUGUUUGUAAGUUUUCCAAUUAUACAUCAGAUAACCAAGAUAUAUUGAAACUAGGCUAUUUAGAAAAAAAGCUUCUGGAAAAAAACUAUCCAAGAAGAAUUUUGAAUAAAUUAUCUUUAUUCCAUAAAAAACACUUGAUCCAAGAAAUUAGAAAAGAGAAAAUAGAAAAAGGGAUAAAAUCCCAACAGGAUUGCAAUGACACUGCUACUAAUUCCAAAAUGGAAAUUAAUUUGGUUAAUAAUGAAUCCAGCAGAGAUACUAUUUUACAGAUAUAUAAUCAGCAUUAUUAUUGCCUGACGUGCAAUAAGUUUUUACAUUUUUGCAAUGUAUUGGAUCAUUCUUCAUCAAAACGACAUACAAAUACAUUCACCUCUUUAAAUUUGAAAAUCAAUGAUAUCUUUUGCUGUCUGUUUUGUAAGCGGAUUUUUUAUGAAGCUCCAGCAUUUAGGGCUCAUGCAGAUUCACAAUUUCAUAAAAAUUUAAACUUUAUUGAAAAAGAAUGCCCAAUAUGCAAAAUAAAAUUGUUUGGAUCUUUGGCUGAUAUAAACAUGCAUGAACAUUUCAACAUUGUACCAGCAUGCAAUCAAGUUUGCAAAACAAAAGAAGAAAAUGUUGUUAAUUCUGAUUUAUCAAUUGAGAUAAACGCACUGGAAAUGGAAAUGAAUGCACUGCAUCCCAUGAAUAGUCUGGCUAUAUAUAAUACAAAUAUUUACUUUAAUUGUCUUCUAUGUAGAGUUCAUAUACCAAAAAGAGAGCAAGUUUGGACUCAUUUAAAAGGAGUAAAACACAGAAACGAAAUAACAAAGAAAGACAAACUGAAUAUGUUAAAUUCUUUUAUCAAUUUAAUUAGUUUGUUCCUGAAAGAAGACAUUGACUAUAAUAUCUAUUCUAAUAGAGAUUUUAUAUUUCCUUGUACUGAUAAAACUGUUUAUUGCAAGGCUUGCCAUCAAGUAAUACCAGCACAAUUAAAUAAAAUGCAUUUACAUUUUGAAUCACCUGCUCAUAUUGACUUUUGCAACCUUCUUACUGUCAAUGCAUUAGGCCAAAAGAAAUGUAGUGCAAUUCCUACUGGUGGUCAUUUUUUAAAAAAUAUUAUAAAUAAAGCAUUCAAAGUAAUACCACAAGAAAUCAAAUCAAAUCCACUUUGGUUAUUUGAAACAAAAUGCAAAUUUUGGGAAAUUCCAACAUGUGCGAAGGUCAGUAGUACAAAAAUUGACAUAUUUGAUUGUGACCCUGGUUUAAAAUCGAAUAUUGAGCAUGAAAGUACCCCGACACAAUCAGCUAGCAAUUUUCAAACAAAACUUGAUUUGAAAACUUCUGAAAUUAAUUAUCCAAGCGGCGAAGAAACUAUUAUGGAACAGGGUGAUGUAAGUGAGAAAACAAAAUUGAACCUUUCUGUGCGGAACAGACAACUUCUUCUAGUACUAGUAAUGAUAACAAUUUACUAGAUAAUAAUAUAGUUGAUAAAGAAAAGAUUCACAUAAAAGAUCAUUCAAGUAAUCGAGAUUUAUUACAUAUUCCGGAUAAUGUAGAUAACACAAAUAUCAUCACAAGUAUUCAAAACAUGUGUUGUUCAGAUAAAGAACCUAAUUUUUUUAGAGAAGGCAUUCUA